AAAAAAUCUCACUUUCUCCUGCUUUCUCUCUCAAACCUCAAGAAAAACACUACUCUCUCUCUAGAAAAUUAGGAGAGACACCUCUCUCUCUCUCUCCCUCUCUCUCUCUCUCCUUACAGUGAACCAUGAUUUCUUGCUUACACACUGCCGGUACCUCACCCUCUCUCAAAUUCUUGAAAUGAACACAAUAAUGCCUUUAAUUCCCCUCUUCGUUCUCACUUAUUUUCACAUUUUUACUGCAUUUGCCCAAAACCCAACUUCAAUUUCACACACAAAACUCACUGAACCCCCCAUCAAAAUCUCAAAUUUAACUGGCCCAGAUGCUCAGAUUACACGACCCCUCACUCUAAUCACCGGAAACGCUACAAUUUCCAGCCCAAACAAGACUUUCAAGCUGGGAUUUUUCUCUACAAAUGAUGAAUCUAGAGUAUAUUUAGGCAUUUGGUACGCUUCUAUACCGACCCUAACUUACGUUUGGGUCGCAAAUCGUGAGUCUCCGGUCGGAAAUUUAGCGGCGGCGAGUUUGGUAUAUUCCGGCGACGGAAGUUUGGAAAUUAUUGAUACUUCUUUGAAGUCACCGGAAAAUGUUGUGUGGAGAAGUGAUAAUGUGCUUAAUGGUACUAAUGUGAAGCUUUUAGAGCAGGGUAAUUUGGUAAUUUUGUCGUGGAGGGGUGAAAUUGUGUGGAACAGUUUUAAUUAUCCGGCGGACACGUGGCUGCCGGGAAUGAAUUUGACGGCCGGAAAAUGGCUGACGAGUUGGAAAAGCUCGAAUGAUCCUGCACCGGGGAAUUAUUCGCUCCGGUUAUCGCAAGAUUAUGGUGAGAUUGUAUUAACUUAUAAUGGUGAUUAUGUUUAUUGGGACACCGGAAAAUGGUCGAUGAAUACAUUUUCCGGUGUCCCGGAAAUGUCUAUUCCGUAUAUUUACAGGUUCCAUUUUGUGUCUCCGUGGACCCCGAAUGCGUCAUUCGGGUACACGGAGACAGCAUUAGAGGGCGGAAAGCCGCCCUUGACUAGGUUUUCUCUUGAUUAUACUGGGCAGUUGAAGCAGUUUACGUGGUCCCCGCAAACUGCUAAUUGGAAUAUGUUUUGGUCACAGCCUGAAAAUGAAAAUAUUUGUAAAGUGUAUGGAUUGUGUGGGAAUUUCGGGUUUUGUAAUGCUAGAAUGUUGAAUCCUUGCAAGUGUUUGAUUGGUUUUAGGCCGGUUGAUGGUGUAUCUUGGGAUGCCGGAGGUUUUUCUAGUGGUUGUCGUCGUGAUAGUGAUGAGGAUUGUAAUGUUAAGGAUGGAUUUAAGGAGGUCGGGGUUGUGGGUUUCGAUGGGGCAAAGUGGGAAUCUUUUGAAGCAAGUAGGGAUGAUUGUGAGAAAAGAUGUUUGAAUAAUUGUUCUUGUAUUGGUUUGUUUCACAAUGUGAAGUCUAAUCUUUGUAAGAAUUUGUUUGGGUCAAUGUUGAAUAUUCGGAAUCUUACAUUGAGUAGCACUACUGAUGAGGUGCUUCAUGUAAGGGUGCCGAAAGAAGGUAUAGACAGGAAGAGAAGGAAGAAAACGCUUGUUUAUGUUGUCACAACCUGCGGGAUUAUAGUGAUAUUUACACUGAUGGGUGUUCUCUUAUUUAUCACAAGGAAAAGAGUGAUGAAGAGAAGAAAAGAAAAGAAAGACACUAUAUAUGCCGUGACAAAUUUGAAGGUAUUUACUUACAAAGAGCUUCAUGCCGCAACUAAGGGGUUCUCGGAGAAGCUUGGUCAUGGGGGUUUUGGAGUUGUAUUUUUAGGUCAACUAUCUGAUUCGUCUCUGCCAGUGGCUGUAAAAAGGCUUGAACGACCGGGCAGUGGUGAGAAAGAAUUUCGAGCAGAGGUAUGCACCAUUGGGAACAUUCAACAUGUAAAUCUUGUGAGGCUAAGGGGAUUUUGUUCUGAAGAGACGCACAGGCUUCUUGUUUAUGAUUACAUGCCAAAUGGUCCUCUUAGUGGUUACAUGAAGAAAGAUGGUCAGCAUUUGAGUUGGGAUGUUAGGUUUCGUGUUGCAAUGGGAACAGCUAGAGGGAUUGCUUAUUUACAUGAGGAAUGCAGAAAUUGCAUCAUACAUUGUGAUAUAAAGCCGGAAAACAUUCUCUUAGAUGAAGAUUUUUCAGCUAAGGUGUCAGACUUUGGAUUAGCAAAGCUAAUAGGUCGAGAUUUUAGCCGUGUAUUAGUCACGAUGAGGGGCACAUGGGGCUAUGUGGCACCAGAAUGGAUCUCCGGAGUGGCAAUCACUACAAAAGCUGAUGUGUAUAGCUACGGAAUGACUUUGUUAGAACUAAUAGGUGGUCGAAGGAACGUAGAGGGACCACCUUCAUUUGGCAAAGCUAAUGGAACAGGUGAAAAGUGGUUUUUUCCUCCAUGGGCUGCACAACACAUAAUCGCUGGAAAUGUAGCAGCUGUGAUCGACGAGAGGCUUGGCGGAGUCUAUAAUACCGUGGAAGCCGAGCGAUUGGGAAUGGUGGCGAUAUGGUGUAUACAAGAUGAGGAAGAACAAAGGCCUACGAUGGGAAUGGUGGUAAAAAUGUUGGAAGGUGUAGUGGAAGUAACCGUUCCACCACCGCCAAAGCUUCUCCAGGCAUUGGUUUCUGGCGAAUCGUUUCACGGGGUCGGAGUGGAUUCUGGAAACAGAGCAUCAACAACUGCUGGUAGCCAGUCUGAUAGUGAUCAUGUACAAUUGUCUGAAGCAAGUAGAGAUGCUGCAUCUUCUCCCAAGCUCUCACUUGGUUAGCUUGUGUAGACCUUUUCAACUUGUUUGGGGAGAAUAUUGUGUAAAGCUCAUUCAGCUCUACCUUUUUGUAUUAUUAUUGGAAAUAUCACAAGUACGAGAAGAUUUUGAACCA